GGUGGGGGGGGGGGGGGGGGGGGGGGGUGGGUCGUAUCUUCGGACCUUUGUCUACUUCAAAGGCUACGUUGUACCUGCUGGGGGGGGGGGGGGGGGGGGGGGGGGGGGGGGGGGGGGGGGGGGGGGGGGGGGGGGGGGGGGGGGGGGGGGGGGGGGGGGGGGGGGGGGGGGGGGGGGGGGGGGGGGGGGGGGGGGGGGGGGGGGGGGGGGGGGGGGGGGGGGGGGGGGGGGGGGGGGGGGGGGGGGGGGGGGGGGGGGGGGGGGGGGGGGGGGGGGGGGGGGGGGGGGGGGGGGGGGGGGGGGGGGGGGGGGGGGGGGGGGGGGGGGUGGGGGGGGGGGGGUGGGGGGUGUGUGGGGGGGGGGGGGGGGGGGGGGGGGGGGGGGGGGGGGGGGGGGGGGGGGGGGGGGGGGGGGGGGGGGGGGGGGGGGGGGGGGGGGGGGGGGGGGGGGGGGGGGGGGGGGGGGGGGGGGGGGGGGGGGGGGGGGGGGGGGGGGGGGGGGGGGGGGGGGGGGGGGGGGGGGGGGGGGGGGGGGGGGGGGGGGGGGGGGGGGGGGGGGGGGGGGGGGGGGGGGGGGAUAG